CCCGCCUCCAGCUCCUCCUCCUCCUGGAUCCGCCCUCCUCGUCUAAGCUGCGCGUCCGGGCCGUUCGCAACACGCGAUCGUAGCCCAAACACCGCAGGCAGGAGACGGGUCGUGUGGCCGCAGCGUUUCGUUUGGCGGCCGGCUGUGAUGUCGGCGCUGGAGUGGUUCGCGCAUAAGUCUCUGGGCGGAGGUAUCUACUGGAUCCAAGAACGCUUCUACGAGUCGGGCAACCGGGCCAACAUCUGGCUGGUGCGCGGCUCCCAGCGGGACGUGGUGAUCGACACGGGGUUGGGGCUGCGCAGCCUCCCCGACUACCUUCACUUGGCUGGGCUUUUGGAUCCCGAUCCGGCCCAGGGCGACCAGGAGGGAGCCGGUCUCGGCGAAGCGGAGAAGGAACCCGCAAGCAGUGGGCGGCGGCGGCGGCCGUUGCUAGCCAUCGCCACCCAUGUGCACUUCGACCACUCGGGCGGACUGCAUCAGUUCGAGGAGGUGGCCGUGCACAGCGCCGAGGCCGGAGCCCUGCGCCGCGGCGAUAACUACGAGACCGUCACUUGGCUCUCGGACAGCGAGGUGGUGAGGCAGCCCAGCCCCGGCUGGAGGGCCAGGCAGUUCCGAGUGCGACCCGUCCAGCCGACUCACGUCUUGCAGGAGGGGGAUGUGAUCAGCCUUGGUGAUAGACAGCUCACUGUCAUGCACAUGCCUGGCCAUUCGAGAGGAAGCAUUUGUUUGCAUGACAGAGAACGGAAGAUUCUGUUCAGUGGGGAUGUUGUGUAUGAUGGCUCAAUGAUUGACUGGCUUCCCUACAGCCGGAUAAAUGACUACGUUACAACCUGCCAGCGAUUAAUAGACUUAGUCAAUAGGGGCCUUGUAGAGAAAGUCCUUCCAGGGCAUUUUAACACAUUUGGAUCUGAACGACUGUAUCGUUUAGCUUCCAACUAUAUUUCAAAUGCUGGAGUUUGUCACAAGAUUUCUAUGUGUGCGAUGAGAUCGGUUGCAAGCCUAGCACUUCGUGCAACAAAUUCUAGAACAACUUCAUAGUCUUAACUUCAUAGCCAUGAAGAUGCUUAUUUUUAUCUAAUUAAUUUAUAUUUUAAAAAUGCCAAUUUACAUACCAGUAGCUGUGCCAAAGCUACUCAUCUUUUUUUUUGUGUCUUUUCAAAGGCGAGUUUGCACAUAUGUUGAAUGCUAUUUGACAGAUGUUCUAAAUAAGUUAUUUUGUAUUUUGAACCAUUUUGAAACAUAUCGUUAAAAUAAAAGUUUUGCCCUUUUGUCAAUCUUUCUAAUGCAGCCUUCAGUUAGGAGUUAUAUUGAAAACAUAUUUUAAAUGGCUGAAAUACAGAAGCAAGGGUUGUGAGAAGAAGGGGCUAUUGGAACAUUCCACUGUCAUGUUGAAUGCACUAAGUACCUAAGUAAUUUUUAUUGUAUGGGAUGAAUGUAAACUGAAGUUAAUACCAAAUGUUCAUAUCAAAUAUUGUUCUAUGUUACUGUUGUUCUUGAAUUGUGUUGCAUUUAGGUAUUGGUUUUAAAACAAAUGAAAUGUCAUUUAAUAUUUUAAGUAUAUUGCUUGCUUUUCAAAUAUAACUAAUGCUGUAAGUGUGAGUGUAUAACCAUUUUUAAGUAAAACAUGCACCUAUAAUCCAAGAUUCUUAAUUCCUGUAAUACCACAGUUGCAGAAACACUUCAGUAAGUGUGAGCUGCUGAUUAAACAACAGUUGUAAACAAAAUGGCAUAUAAAACUAGCAAAUUGAUAGUGGGUGGUAGGUUGUAUCAGGUGCACAUUACAUGUGGGUCAGAUUUAAGUUUUCAUACUUCUUCAUUUUUCUCUUUUCACUUUUUUUUUCUUUCCUUCUUUCCACAAUUUGCAUUGUGCUUUUUUUCAACCAAUCUAAUAAACAUUUCUGCCAGUUAAUAUUUUCUAAGAUAUUACUAGUCUCUUGUUUGGAUGCAGAACUUGUAUCUUGCAUCAGAAUUUGAUUUAUUGAAAUUCAGUAAGAAUUAUAUUAAAAAUGACUGUUUCCUGUAAAAACUGUAAUUUAUUUGAAUAUUGUGCCAUUACACUUUUUUUUCCUUUUUGAAUUCUAUUGCACAAUAUUUCCCCAAGAUCAAAGCAGCACUUUGAGUCUUAAUACCACAGUGUUCAGCACUUGGUAUCCUAUGAAAGUACAGUUAGUUCUUAAAAAGUUAAUAGUGCCUAUUUCCUGUUCUAAAAUACUGCAUCAUUUUGGCAAUUAACACUGGAAUUGCUGCCUAUACUAAGAAAAACUAUUAAUUCAAUACCUUUGAAAAAUAGGAAAGAGGUAUCUAGCAGUACAAUCACAAAUUAGCAAAUGCUGCUUGUAUGCUAUUGAAACUGGGUAAUCUUCACUGAGGAGCCACAAGUGUGGUCCAAAGGUUAGGAGCAUGUUGCCAUAUUAUGUACUCAUAGUCAUCUCCUUUUUGACCAGAUUUCUUCUUCGAAUUGAAUACAAUUAAGCACAGUAUCAGCUGCAGUAUUAAGCACAAUCAAAAUUAAUCUGAUUCCUGCUUAAUCAAGAUUUUCAACCAUCUUGGAAUCCAUGUGAGUUUAUAGUGCCUUGUUUAUUUCUGCUACAGAAUGGUUGACUUUUUGGCCUGGACCAUUACAAACUGAUUUUGUUAUGAAAUACUGCUGAGGCAUUAACAGUUUUAUCCAUAGAUAAAAGAAUCCUCUUUUGACUUUCUGUCCUUUCCUCUUCCUUUGCCCAUUGACAGUGUUUUGAAAGUUAUUUACCAAAGUGUUGAUUUCUCACUAUGAGAGUACUUCAGUGUAAGGAAUCCUUCAAUUGUCAGACUUGUGGCGAAGGACUGAUCUGAAACUUUUCUAUUAGUUUAGUAAGUUAGUAAGCAAACAAACAAACAGUUACUUAUAAAAUUGGCUGAUUUUAAAGAAAAUCUGUCUUUUUUCAAUCUGAUUAGGUAUCACAGAGUAAACUUAUCUACUGAAGCUAAUAAUUACAUUUACUGAGAGAAAUAUUCAGAAUGGAAGUACCUUCCUUACUGUAAUAUAAAUACUACUCAAUUCAGUGAGAUUUUAUUCCUAGUGAGUACUGAAUUGUAGUUUUAUUCAAGUUUCAACCUAGGACUGGAUCACAGUUCAACUUGUGAUUAUUAUCGGUUAGUAAAACACUAUCCCUGAGAGAGUGCUAUAGAAUCUGAUCUGUUGUUUUAAAUAUUUUUAUAUUAUAAAGUUUAAUUCUGAAAGAAAGCAUUUUUAAAAAUGAUACUGAUCAUACAUUUACUAUUAUUUGUAAAAAAAAGUUUGAAACCACUAAGGGAUUCUGUAUUUAUCUGUUUGUGAUAAUUUAAAAACUCAAGUUGAAAUAGUUAUUUGAAGUUCAGCCAUGUUGAUAUGAUAUCACUUUGAGAGAUAUUAUUUAACUGGGUCAUGAAUAUUGCUGUAAUGUAUGGUUUAAAACAAUUUUUAAAACUUGUAAUGCACCAUACUAAUAAAAAUUUACUAAUGGUACUGGUUUCAAGAAAACAGUUAUAUUGUUUAUCAUUGAUAUUGAUAAUAAAAAAAAUGACACAAAAGG